AUGUUCUCCAAAGUUAUCCUUUUCAUCCACAUGAUCUCACUCAUUUUGCCACUUGCCAGCUCCGCUCCAGACUACAAAUGUGGCAAAACGUUGGCGGAUUUGAUUUUUAGAGUUCGUCAUGAAAGUCGUUCCAAUGGAGUCGAUAUCAUACAACAAUGUUAUGAUGGUGAAGCCAUAAAUGAUCUCACAGUUAUUCAACUGUGCUGCCCUGAUCAGAUCUCAAUUUAA